UUCUACGAGAGAGCUUGGACUUGGCUGCAUUCCAGGAUAAACUCCCACAAGGCAAGAGAUAACACCCAGCCAAGGUAAAGAUCGUGACAGCCCUUAAAAAGGCCUCCUUGCCUCUCAGGGUGGCUGCAGCCCUUCCUCUCCGGACCUGUGCAUCCUACCUGCCGGCACCAGGCCACCAUGUGGGAGCUCUGGGCUCUCUUGCUCCUGACCCUAGCCUGUGUUUUUUGGCCCAAGCCAAAACACCCAAGUGGCAAGUACCCCAAGAGCCUCCCAUCCCUGCCCUUGGUGGGCAGCCUGCCAUUCAUCCCCAGAAGUGGCCAUCCGCACGUGAACUUCUUCAAGCUGCAAGAAAAAUACGGCCCCAUCUAUUCUUUUCGUAUGGGUAGCAAGACUACAGUGAUGAUCGGCCACCACCAGCUGGCCAAAGAGGUGCUUAUCAAGAAGGGCAAGGAAUUCUCCGGGCGGCCCCAAGUGACAACUCUAGAUAUCCUGUCAGAUGAGCAAAAGGGCGUUGCCUUUGCCGACUACGGUGACGCCUGGCAGCUGCAUCGGAAGCUGGUGCGGGCCACCUUUUCCGUGUUCAAGGAUGGAGACCUGAAGCUAGAAAAGAUCAUAUGUCAGGAAAUCAGUUCAUUUUGUGACUUCCUGGACACCCAAAAUGGCCAGUCCAUAGAUUUGUCCUUGCCACUCUUCCUGGCGGUGACCAACAUAAUCUGCUUUAUCUGCUUCAACACCUCCUUCAAGAAGGGACAUCCUGCGUUGCAGACCAUACACACGUACAAUGAAGGCAUCAUGGAAUCGCUGGGCCAGAACAGUAUGGUAGACAUAUUCCCUAUGCUGAAGAUUUUCCCCAACAAAACCAUAAAGAUGAUGAAGAACUGUAUGAAAAUGAGAGAUGAUUUGCUGAGUUCAAUCUAUGAGAAACAUAAGAAGAACUUCAGCAGCGACUCGGUCACUAACUUGGUGGACAUACUGAUUCAAGCGCAGGUGAACUCGGUCAAUAACAACACUGGCCCAGACCAGGAGUCCAAGCUGCUCUCGGACCGAUACAAUCUUGCUACCAUAGGGGACAUCUUUGGGGCUGGUCUGGAGACCACCACUUCUGUGGUGAAGUGGACGGUGGCCUUCCUGCUGCACAAUCCUCAGUUGCUAAAGAAGAUCCAGAAGGAGAUUGACCAGAAUGUAGGUUUCAGUCGCACCCCAACUAUCAGUGACCGGAACCACCUCCUUCUGCUGGAGGCCACCAUCCGAGAGGUGCUUCGCAUUCGCCCCGUGGCGCCGACGCUCAUCCCCCACAAGGCUAUCACUGACUCCAGCAUUGGUGAGUUUGCCAUUGACAAGGGCACAAACGUGAUCAUCAACCUGUGGGCACUGCAUCACAGCGAGAAGGAGUGGCACCAGCCGGACCAGUUCAUGCCCGAGCGCUUCCUGGACCCCACGGGGAGCCAGCUCAUCUUGCCAUCGUUAAGCUACCUGCCCUUCGGAGCAGGACCGCGCUCCUGCGUCGGGGAGAACAUGGCCCGCCAGGCGCUCUUUCUCUUCCUGUCCUGGAUGCUGCAAAGGUUUGACCUGGGGGUCUCGGAUGACGGGCAGCUGCCCUCCCUGGAGGGCACCCCCAACGUGGUCUUUCAGAUCGACUCUUACAAAGUGAAGAUUAAGGUGCGCCAGGCCUGGAAGGAAGCCCACGCUGAAGGUAGCACCUAGAAGCCGUAGCCCUGACAGGGAUGUGCAUAAGCUCAAGUUUUUCUUAAGAAGGUCCCUGGCCCUGGCCAUUGUGGCUCAGUUGGUUGGAAUGUGCUCCCGGAAACCGAAUGGUUGCUGGUUCAAUCCCUGGUCAGGGCACGUGCAGGAGGAAAUAUCUCUCUCCCUCAGGGAUGUCUGUCUCCCUCAACAAUGAAAAAAUGUCCUCGGGUGAGGAUUAGAAAAACAAAAGAAGAAGGUCCCUGAGCUUAAUCAUUAUAUUUGUGAAUAUCAUUACAUUAUCCUUCUUUAAAGAAAGUGGGAGGAGGGUCUCUGAGCAGCUCAUGCGUUUAAUUGUUCACUCACUCUUUCAAUAAAUGUUUUAUUAAGCACCUCCUA